GACCAAGCAGGUCAAAUUGGGUCUGUUAGUCUUGAAAAUGUUCCUGAGGUUGACUUGGUAUCCAUUGGCUACGAUACAGGAUGGGAGUCUUAGUUUUGGGGUCAGGGGUUUGUGCAUUCACGGGGGGAGAAUCCUAAUAGCUGGCUAGGAGUCAGGACUUUUGGUUCUAUUCCCAGGCCUUUCUCCAGCUUACUGUGUGACACAUGAUGAGUCACUCCAUCUGUCUCUAUUUACCCAUCUGUAAAAUGGCAAGAAUGUCUUACGGGAGUAUUGCAAAAAAUAAUUGACAUUUGUGAGGUUCCAACAUUGCACGAGUGUAUUAAUGCAGGAUAAUAUCCAUACACUAGGAUAUAGAUUACAAUGAGUAGAGGUUGUGAAGGGCUUGAUAUUUAAAGUGUGCUAUUAAACUGUUUCCUUUUCUUGGCACAUAGUGCCAGGGAUGUCACAUUUCUAGUCGUAACGGCAACUAGAAAAAAAGUAAAUUCUUUUCCUUUUCUGGAUAUGUGCGUCGCUGUAAAGUUUAAAGUCCAUAUCCUAGUGUUUAAAUUGAAGCUGAUUUUUUUUUUUUUUACCUGUUGGUCCUUUAUUUACAGCUGCGAUUAAACUUUUGAGGCUUUGCCUUUUUAACUCUAAAAACGGCAGAAAGCUGUCCAUUGAGUGAAUAAGUGGAUAUUGGAAAAAGAGUUCCCAAUGAAAGGAUGCGUCCUGCCCUCUCUCGCUCACUCUGCUGUAAUCUCUUCCAUUAGGUGGUUUUAUCUUAUCACACAAAAAGGCCCAGAAAUAGAAAGUUUUCCAUGGGUAAGAGAACCAGCCCUGAGAGAGAGAGCACUGUGCUAUGUGCAUUCCCCAGGAAAAAGGGAGCCCAAAGAGGCAGUAGAUUAUAAAUGAAUACUAUUGAUGUUCUGUCUGCAUGGGGGAAGAGAAAGAGGCUUUAGCUGGAAAUGUACAUAACUUGCAAAGGCAAACACUGCUUCUUCCGAUAAUUGUGCAUCUGAGCACUGCCCGCUCUCUUCUCCAGCCUGCCUCCGUUGCUGGAGCCCGAAGAAGCUAUUGAUCUUCUGUUACCAGGAUGACACAAGGGAAAGCAGAGGCAGCCGCUUGCUUUGGGGUUGUAACAAAGAGAAUACGCAAGAUAUUCAGGCAUUUUCCCAAGUCACAAUCUUGGUCCGAGGGUCACCACUUCUUCCGGAGGCCCAGCAGGGAGGUCUUACUGGUUAAAGAUUGCAAAUAUACCUGCCAUCAGGAAUGCAGAAGUCUGAUUCAGCUGGACUGCAGCCAACCAGGACAACCCUGGAGCAAACCCUCGCCAGAAAAUACACUGACGCAAAACUGCAGCCAGAAUGUGACAAAAACAGUAGAAGAAGAAAAACCCAAAGCUCCCACUGUCGAGGAGAUUAAACAGAAAAUCGAUGCUUACAACACCAAGGUUACAAACUGCUUGUUGAUGAAGUUGAAUGAGGAUGGCACUUACACGGGCUUCAUCAAAGUGCACUUGAAACUGCGCCGGCCGGUGACUGUGCCAGCCGGCAUCAGGCCGCAGUCCAUCUACGAUGCCCUGAAGGAGGUGAACCUGGCAGAGACGACGGAGAAGAGAACGUCUUUCUACUUGCCGCUGGAUGCCGUCACGCAGCUGCACAUCAGCAGCACGACCACCGUCGGCGAGGUGAUCCUGGGGCUUCUCAAGAAGUUUAUGGUGGUAGAUAAUCCGCAGAAGUUUGCACUUUUCAAGGAGAUGCAGAAAGAUGGGCAAGUUCUCUUUCAGAAGCUUUCUCUAACAGAGUACCCCUUGUAUCUCCGGCUGCUGGCUGGCCCUGACACAGACAUUCUCAGUUUUGUGCUGAAGGAAAACGAAACGGGCGAAGUGGAGUGGGACGCAUUCUCUAUCCCAGAACUACAAAAUUUCUUAACAAUACUGGACAGAGAGGAAAAAGACAAAAUUCAGCAAGUACAAAGGAAGUACAGCAACUAUAAACAAAGACUGCAGGAGACUUUGAAAGAAGCAGGGGGCAAACCCGGAUAAUCCCGAACACAGAGUGUGUAUCAGCCGCAGCUAGAUAUUUUUAAAAAGAGAUGCUUCUCAGGACACUUCAGAUUUGUCUGAUCCUUUCUCCUUGUCCCUCGUCUGGCGAGUGACGCACCCCACAGAGACAAAUGUUGCAUUUCUUUUCCUUAUGAAAUUUUUAUCACUGGAGUACAGCCAGUCGGUAAAGAAUGGGAAGUCUCCAUUUAAGUCUGCAGGCCUUCGACAAACCAAAUAGAGAUGCUGCUUUGCUUGCCGUUGUCACAUUGGAUCCGUCAAGCAGCGAAACUUCAUGGUAACUGCUGAAUGUUAAGUCAGUAGGAAUACUUACCGGGUGACUGUGGGGAACAGGAUGGAACAACAUUGCUUUCAUCAUCCGCCCAACUGUUUACCCCUUGGCUUUGUCUGAAGGUUCUGCGGCUGCCUUGCGUGUGGUGGUUGUGUUGUGUCGUCCUGUCGUUUCAUAGGUCAGGUGGCCCCAGGGGAAGCAGCAGAUAAAGCAACAGGCUUGUUGCACCCCCUCCUGUGCACACUGCAGCUGUAGUUGAUGCCAAACACAUUUGUUGCACAAUUUUAAGCUAUCUACUGAAAUGUAGAAAGUCAGGUGCCAAGAAGGCUCCAUGUCCUAAGUAGUCUGGGCAGUAGGUUUUUACUGAGACUUUAGCUAAUGUUCUUCCUAGGGAAUUUGUUCCUCUCUCUCCCCCUCCACCCCCCAAUGAAAUGAAAGUGAAACUAGGAUUGCUUGGCUAGUUGGUCUCGGAGUGAGAGCAAGUGUUCCUUGCUGCUCAAUGCGGUUGUUGUGUACAUGGCCAGUUUCCAACUCAGGGACCAAUACUGGACAGGUUUCCUCCUCUUUUUACAAGUAAGAGAUAGUGGAGGAGAGAACAUGGGGCUGACCCCUUUGCAACUGGAGCAGCAGCUGCUCAGCCUCCUGUCACCUGCUCACCUUCCAUCGCUGCACCAUCACCCAACCGCCUACAGAGCCUCGGCAUCCUCCUCUUGUCUUCCUUCUGCACGUAGGCAAGAGGCCACUAGACUCCCUGUCUGACUCCCACCUUGCUACGCUUGGAGCUGGGAGACGUUAAAAAGAAUGUCAUUUCUCACCACCUUCCUUCCGUCUGAGAAGCAGCUUAGCCUUUUGCAGAUAUUCACAGGAGGGGUGUCUAACCCUGCCAUGGCUCCUGGUGACACACGUCUCCACAUGGCUGCUCCUGGGUUCUCUGUGUUGAAGGACACCCACUU